AUGGCAACCAGCGAGCUGUCAGCAUGGGAUGGAUGUUAUACAUCACAGUUAAAGAUUGUCCUUCUCGGUGGCAGAAACUCUGGGAAAAGCUCUGUGGGGAACUUCCUCCUCGGAAAAGAGGAGUUUGUCACCAAAGAGAGGACCACCUGCUCCCGGAGGCUGGGCAUGGUGGCCGGACGGUGGCUCACAGUGGUGGACACCCCCGGCUGGUGGUGCGACUUCAGUGCUCAGGACACAUCUGAGCUGGUGAAGAGGGAGAUCAUAAGCAGCGUGUCUCUGUGCUCACCAGGCCCGCAUGUAUUUCUAAUCACCAUCAAGGCGAGCUCGGCCUUCACAGAGAGGCGACGGCGGGCGUUGGAGGAGCAUGUGGCCCUGCUGGGUGAGGGGGUGUGGAGUCACUGCCUGGUUGUCUUCACCUGCGCUGACAGGACCAAACCCUCUGAAACAGAGGAGCGUGUACAAACAGAGGCUCUCCGCUGGCUCAGUGAGAGGUGCAGUCAGAGGAGUCACAGUGUUUACCUGAGGGAUGACACUGAAGUCACAGAGCUGCUCGAGGAAAUACAGAAACUCGUCAGAGGAAAUGGAAACAGAGAGUUUGAAAUGCAGGAGAACAUUUUACAGGCGACUGCAAAGGAGAAGAGAAGAGUGGAGGACAGAGCUCAACGGAGGUUGAUGAGAGUUAAAGAACAUAGAUCUCUCAUGCAAGAGAGACUGCGACCCAUCACUGACAUCCGGAUUGUGCUGGUGGGAGCAAAGGGUUCUGGGAAGACUUCAGCACUGAACACGAUCCUGGGCAGGGACAGCACUCAGCCACUCAGGAGAACAGCUCAGUGUGCGGUUGAUAAGGGUGUGGUGUUCGGGAGACAUGUGACCGUGGUGGACACGCCGGGCUGGUGGAUGAACUACUUCUGUAACGAGAGCACCAUCUUUGACCUGAGGGAGCUGGUGCUGAGUCUGUCUCUGUGUCCUCCCGGGCCCCACGUCUUCCUGAUGGUGGUACGCGUGGACAGGGCCUUCACGGAAACCUACAGGAGAGCUGCGCAGGAGCACCUCCAGCUGAUCAGCGAGCACAUCUGGAGUCGUGUCGUUGUGCUGCUUAGUUUCGGGGACUGGCUGGGGGGCACGACCACUGAGCAUUACCUCGAGAGCGAGGGGGAGCCUCUGCGGUGGCUCGUGGAAAGAUGCGGCAACAGGUAUCACGUUCUGAACAAUAAAACCACAGGAGAUGGAUUUCAAGUCAGAGAGCUGAUUGGGAAGAUUGAGUUGUUGCUUGCUGGGGGCGAGCAGUAUUAUGAAAUCGAGAGGAACGUGAUGGAACAGAUGGAGGUGAAGAUGAGAGGGGAGAAUAAGAGAGCCCAGGAGAGACUAAUGAAGAAGGAGAAACACAGGCAGAUGGCGAAAUCUCAGCUGGAAAAGCUCAACCCUCUCCCACAAAUGAGGAUGGUGCUCUUGGGUUGCAAGAAAACCGGCAAGAGCUCCUGCGGAAACACAAUCCUGAGCAGAGAGUGCUUCCACACGGACACACAAACCACUUCCUACACUGAAAAACACGGAGAAGUCAGUGGCAAGAUGGUCACGGUGCUGGACACACCAGGUGGCUUCUCUGUGACCUCUGACCUCCUCGGGGCUCCUUCAUCCUGCGCUAUCCUGCUGGUGGCUAACGCGAGCUGCUCCUUCACAGAUGCCCACAGGGAGGACUUGGAGAAACAGCUGGAGACAGGAGGAGGCCAGAUGUGGAGCAGAGCUCUGGUGCUGUUCAGCCACGGUGACUGGCUGGGCGACACCAGCAUCGAGCAGCGCAUCGAGAGUGAAGGAGAGCCGCUGCAGAAUCUGCUUGAGAAGUGUGGGAACAGAUAUCAUGUCCUGAAUAAUAAAGACCUGGGGGAUGGAGCUCAGGUUAAUGAGCUGAUGGAGCUGAUGGAGGAGAUGUUGGCUGAGCAGAGGCGUGCAGCUCUUCACCGAGGUGAUCACAUGUGGGAAAGUGUCUCUGCGGCCUGUGGGCAGGAGCCACACAGUAAAAAAGAUUUAAAGGUGUCCUGUGACUCGACUGAACCAGCCACUCCCACAACACAAGCACCAGGUAACCACUCAGGAGGGACAGAUGCCGGGGGUCAGAUAGUGGCAGUACCAGCAGGAGGCGCAAGGGGACAGAACGGAUCCUCAAUCCUGAGCAGAGACAGAUUCAUGUCCAUCUUAGUCUCUAUGCUCUCUGGUCAAAAAGGACUGAGAUUAACUGUAAAUCUGCCCAUCUACUCCCCCGCUGGUGAUGCUGACAGCCGCCUGAGACGUAAUGGUGAAAGCCAAGUGUGUCCGUUCUCACCCGCACAUCCAACUAUGCUUCUGAUUUUACCUGAAACUCAGAGCAGGAUGCUUACAGAGGAAAAUGUCUUAAGUGUACAUUCUCUUGGCCAUCCCGACCUGAGGGAACGGGCCCUGAGGAGGCUCACUGAGGCAGGAGGCCUGCAGUUGCUGAUCGACCAAUGGGGCGACAGCAGCCUGGAGGAACUGGAGGCCUUCAUAGACGAGUACUUCGAGAUGGUGUGGGAACAAACCAUGGGGUCAUGUCAGCCCACCGAGCCCGUCCCUCAUGCCACGGAGCGGGACACCUUGGUCGGGGAGGUGGCAGAGGAGGAGGUGCUCUCGUCCAUAGACAGGAAACUGUCCAAGCUGGAGCUCCUGGAUGAGAUCAGGAGCGAUCUGACGACGCUGAGGGAGAGUCUGGAGCAGAACUGGAGGGUCAUACAGGAACUCAGAGACAAACAUGAAUAA